GUGGCAAAAAACCUUGCCGUAAAUCACGUACCGCUGGAAGCCCUUCCUGCGGUUCAAACGUGAACUGCAAACUGCAAACGUGACCGCAAGGCCGUGGUCACGUGACAUUUUGCGGUUUGCGGUUUGCAGUUUGCAGUUUCCCAUGAAAAACGUGAUGAUAAAGGUGCCUAUUGUCACGACGCUUAGAUUACGUGACAUUUAAUACAAAGUUCAGCAUACAGUGUACGUAGUUCAUGCAUAGACCCUGGGUUAGAGACCUCUGGAUUACAUUGAAAAAUGGUGGAAUGUCUUAGACGGGGAUCAUGUUGGCGUUCCAAAACUGUUAAAGGUCGUGAUUUAUGCGUUCCAGUUGUUUCUGUACAGUGGUAUUAUUUUUUUCAAGAUUAUAUUUAAAGCACCGAAUAAUCAUCAUUCAUUUAUUUAUGUUAUUAUUAUUAUUAUUAUUAUUAUUAUUAUUAUUAUUAUUAUUAUUUCUUUAUUAUUAGUUUUUGAACUUAAUGAUAAAUUAACCUACAGUAAGCUGUUUCUUCAGUCUAGCCGGUAUCAAUCCUUUCAGUAAGGAACCGAAAAAUGUAAAAGUGACGUGGGUGCUCGUUGGAAAAUUAGAAUUUAACCCCUAAGGGAGACCAAUGUGUGGUUGUGGCUCAAGCUUAAUUAAACUGACCCUUAAGGAUUAAAGGGGCUGUGUCACGGCAGUCCAGUUCAUUUUGUUUAAUUUUGCCAUUUACUCGCGCUCAAUCGGUAUGGAACUUAAAGUCGGCAAAGAAAUUACAAGGAAAUGACAAAAUCAGUGAUUCGAGACAAACAAAUAUAAAGUUGCAAACAGCAGAGAUCAACUUUGAAAAACUGUUAGGCUGAACAGUUUUCAAAAACCCUAAUAAUUUCAAUUAGUUUCAAUCUUCUUCAGUUUUGCCCAUCCGUGGCAUCUGUUGUAUCUGCUGUGUUAAUUUGACCUUCCUUUAAUGAUUUAAGCGGUUAUUUUUACGUUUCUCUUAAUUUAACGGGCAUUUUGUAAUUCCCUAAUUUGGAUGAAUUUCGUGACACAGCUUUUUUAAGACAUCUCGGCAUUUUUUGCAAAGAUUUCUUUAUGCACCAGCCCUGAGCGAUACUUGAGUGGGCAAAUAUAGUGACUUUCCGUCCUAAACACCCUCAGUGAUAUCAAAAUCUGCCAUUUACACCUCUAAGUGUGACGACGAGAAUAACCGUCACUUUUAUACGGGAGUUCCCCCCCGGGCAUGUAAGCAGGGUGCAAUUACUUUUGUAAAGUCGCCUUAGUCAUAUAACUGCUAGAGUAGGCACAGAUAUAAGCAAAUCAAAAAACUAGUUUGGCCAAUACCUGUGGCUGGAAGGAGGCCUUUGAAAAAUGAGUGAACUGAUAAUUUCUCUUGUUUAUGGAACAUGAACCCUGAAAGUAAAAGCUUUCCUAUGAUUAAAGAAAUGCAUGCGUUAUAUACAAUAGACUUAAGUAGAAACACAUGCUCCGUGUUGCCAUCCCUAGCUAGUUUUCAGGUUUCUUUCAAACCAAUGUUAUACACUGCUAUUUGCCUUAAUGUUGACUGUACUUACUGCUACUAAAUGAAUCCAAAGUUGAAGUUUUAGGAUUUAUCUCGGAAACAGUCGUGUUUUAUGUCCGUGAACAAAUGCACUUUGUCUGAGGGAAAACAAGCGCGAGUCGUAUUACUUACGGUAGUUGUCACGAGACGGAUCUUGUCUGACAGGUUUGACAGAAAAAUACUGCAGUUGGCAGCUAGUUGGUAAAACGUAGAAUGGUAAAAGAACAUGGACUAGUGAAAGAUGGAUCAGUACACACUGACUGAAGGAACUUUGUCUCGAUCUGCAUAAUUCUCUGCAUCAUACUCAGCCUCAUUCAAUAAUUGUUAAUUUUUUUUAUCGAUCGUAUAGCUGUGGUGACGCGGUGGUUUCGUGUUAGUGCGCUGAAGGUGAGUAUUUCGAAGUCUAUCCCCGGUUUUUGCUUGCCUAGUCCCUAGGCCUCAUUUUUCCGCGCAGUGUAUGCGUUUCGGAUCACGUGGUCCGAGCGAGUUUUUACCUUUAAGAACGCCUGGGAAGACGCCGUACAGUAGCCUGCGUCACAGAUGUAAUCUAACCCCGUUUAGUAACGGAUAUCCUUGUUCUGGGCCCCCAUGGGGACUCGGCGAAUUACCGGAAAUGGUUUUCGAAUUUUCCUUCAUCCUGAUUGGCAAUUCGACAAUGCGAUUUUUAACAGGCUAACCAUGACGUGCACUUAAAUCCUGGUACAUAGGUGGCGGCCCAGAACACGGAUUUCGGCACCGUUUCGAAGACGGACUUAACUUCCGUCUCUGGCGCUUGAAAAACGCAGUAUCAUAGCAUAUUUGCUGCUGGUAGGCCAGUCAACAGUGACCAACAUCGCUUUACUCCUAACGAUAUCCAUACACGUUAUCAAGAGAAGAUGUUAUGAGAAGUAAUAAACUGAUCUCGUUAGAGAAAAUGCUUUGAUCUCCCAAAUUCUCACUACCAAUUCUUUAAGGAAAUGUAUGGAGUUCAGUUUGGAGAAUUUGUAAGUGGAUAUUGGGGUUUAAAGGGUUUAAAUUGGUUUUUCAAAUGAAAUACAGUCGAACCUCCAUGGGCAACCAUCUCUCGGAAGCGACCACCUCCCAUAAGCGACCGCCAAUCCAAAACACCAAAAUUCUCUCAGUCAAAGCCUUACAGUUGGAACCUCUUGUAAACGACCACCUCCUUUAAGCGACCGCGACCACUUUUUAGGUCUGACGAUUAAUGAUUUUCCAUUGCUUUUAACCUCUUGUAAGCCACCACUUGACGCAUUCUCUAAUCUCUAUUUUCGCUGUGUGUACUAUGUUACUUAGGAUAUACGAAGAACUUUUGUGACAACGUGGAAAUACACAUAUCCUUACACAGACAUUGCAUGCAAUAAAUUAUCUUCCAUAAAGUAGAUGUGCCUGGAACUCUUCUCGGAAGAGAGCCCCUGUGGUUCGAUUCUUGUAAACGACCACCUACCGUAAGCGACCACUCGGUCUUUGCAUUUUGGGUGGUUGCUUACGGGAGGUUCGACUGAGGACGAUCGAGACUAGCUGGCCUAAUAGUUAGUAACGAUGUUUUGUUCUGAUGGCCAUAGAGCUGAUCAUUAUCUUUUUACUAGUGGAGCUAUAGAAUUCAUUGAAGCUUACAUUUCUAUUUUAUUUAUUUCAAUUUAGAUGAGUUUCCAAAAUCCACCUCUAGCUCCUCAGAAAGACACUUUAAGUGUCUCCUCCGAGACAAUACCAUUAUACCAUCUAGGAGCCAUUAAGCAAGAGGUAGCAUUGGAAGAAAGUUGUUGCCAUGAAGACGGAUCCCAGCUGAUAAGCUUGAGCGGCCUUCUAGAAACGGCAUUCAAUGAUCAGGCUGAAAGUUUAACGACCAACACAACGUUCACGUCAGUCUUUAAUGGCAGCUCCUCCUCUAUUAUAUACGGCUGUCCUGACAACUGUCCCUGUGUUUGCCAUGUACAAGCUCCAAGCAUUCCCUUUAAUCAGGAACGCCCUUCUGUGAUUAUGGCUCCUGUGGCUGGACGUCGCAGAGCAUCAAGUGCAACAAAUACACACGCACCUCUUCAGGUACUAUAACUGAACAACGCAGCCAUGCCGAAUCGGCAAUAGACUAAGUGUGUGUACAGGCCUACUACCCCUCCCUGCAGGAGAGCCGCUCACUGUUCGUUCCAGGGGUGGGGGGGGGGGGCGGGGAGCGUAUUCCGCCCGGACUUCAAACUCCUGAUCUUAUUUUAGACUAAAAAAUGUUAUUAGUUGCGGUUCUCUUUACCAAGAAUCGCCAGCAUCUAAGCCGACAAAAAUUCCCCGAAUCGUAGAGGGAAUUAUAAGUCUCAGCAAAUUACCCAGUGCAGGUCGUCAAAUUUUGUUGGUGAGGCUGUGUGAAAUGUCCAAAUUUUGAGGUUGCUCGUAUAACGUUCAGCAAAGGCAAUCACCUUGUAAAGCCUGUGAAACGACAGGGAACUAUAUUAUUAAUUUCCCGUUUUAUUUAUUCCCAGGCCACUUAAAGCAUGACUACCUAAUUUAAUAUGCAUAUUUUGUUAAAUGCUGUUUAGAACGGUUUGCUUCCAUCAGUGAUCCUGAAAAGUGAACUUCAAAUGUGGCUCAACGAAAAAAAACCGUGAAAGCAGGGCUCCUCGUGAAACGUGAUUUCAAAGAACACGUGACAUUGUUUUGUCAAUGACGUCACAAAACACGUCUUCCUAAACGGGGAAGGGUUGCAAACCUUAAUAUUAGGAAUUGUCAAAAACAUAAACAGUGUAAAUCGUAAAUAUGACUUGUAUGAUAUCCUAUUAGCUAUUUAACUGACUAAUAAGUCACGUGAGCCUUUUCCCUUUAUUUACCGCUUCGUAUAUAACGUAAACACACAAUUGUUCAUAACCUUUUCAAUCGCCUCUGAAAUAUACCUAAAAGAACUUGUUGCUCUUUUAUUAUCUUUUCUUCAUGUUAGAGUAAAUGUUUUGACUAUUAAUUGUCAAUUGUCAGUCACGUGACCAAAAUUUGAGCUUCUAAUAUGUCUCAUAUUGCUAAGGCCAUUAAGCUUUAUUUCUAGUUUUAUUUUCAGGAUCAUUGAUAGAAGCAAGCCGUUCUAAAUAGAAUUUUAUCAAAAUAUGCAUAUUUAAUUAGAUAGUCAUGCCUUAGUGGCCUAAGUUUAUUAAUUUACUUAUUUUGUACGUACGUUAGUGGUCCGUACACAAAUCAUUGCUUUCACAGACAAUCUUUGAUGGGGACCUGGAACGCAAUUUUUUAUUAUUAUUAUUUCAGUAAAAAAAAAACAAACAAACAAAGAAACAAAAACAAAAAAGGAAAGAAAGAAAAGAGAAGAAAAACGUACAAGAAAAAGAAAAGAAAAAGAAAGAAAGAAUACUAAACAAGCGAAAGAAAAAGAUCACUGAAAGUUAUUUUUUUCUAUUUUUUUUUUUAUCUUAAUUAACCAGAUUGGUGGAAACCUUGACAGUUCUGUCGUUAUCGCUCCAAAUCAGGACGUCGAUAUAAGCGUAAGUAUUAGCCUGGGACCACGCUCUGCAUCAUUACAGAAACGCGCCCAUUCAAAAACGUCGAUCGUGAAAAUGCAAAUAAGUGAAAAAUGACGUCAAUUCCCACAGUGUGGGAAAAUGGAGCAAAAAUCGGCGUGGGCGAAAAAAAAAAGGUAGUCCGGGGAGGAAAAAUGUGUAAGUUAGGCACCUUAUGCGACAGACUAUUCAUUUUGAGUGUAUUCCUGUUGAAUUUGUUGUCCCUUUUAUAAGGUAUGUCUGCUCAAAUACGUGUAAAAAUUAGUAAUAAUCAUUUUCCUUGAUCUUCUUCAGUCGCUGUUAUCUUUGUACUAGCCUGCGAGCUGAGGUUUCUCUCUUGUAUGCAUGGCUUUUAGCGUUUACGAAGUCGUUCUCGUUGCUUGUCAGUCGCGUAUUUGGUUUGUUAACUUCGCGACUGACAAACGGCGGACUUCAUAAACGCUAAAAGCCAAACCAAAUAGAAACAACUGUUCACGGGGUAUCUCCGUACAAUUUUGGUUUUGGAACACAAGGCUUAGCUCUACGAAAAAGGCGUUCUUUGCAUAUAGCCACUGAUUUUUGGGUUUUAUCAUGCUUUUGAGCGUGAUUAUAAUACUGUACCUUUUGAAGUAGGUUUAUAAGUCAGUCGCUUUGUAAAUGUGACCGUAGUUUAUCACAGGAAAGUAUAAGAAAAGCUCUAUAUUUUGAAUGCUUCUUCUUUUUUUUUUUUUUUCAACAAAUCACAGGAAUAUUUUUUGCUCUUCUUGUCGCCGAGUGAUAAGCGAAAAGUCCUGUAAAGAAGUUUGUAUUUUUUGCUCGAAAUCCGUGUUUUAAAAAAUUUUUUCCCAAGUUGUAGGAGUGUGAUAUUAAAAUGAGCGCGAUACUGUCAACAGCACCGCGAGCAUGAUACCAGAAUCUGGUAUCAUGGAACGGUGGCAUCAAAGGCAUGUCUCCAGGCUCUGCCGCUCUCUCCCCUCCCAGGCUACCGCUCGGCUAUUUGACUCCGUUUUUUGCGUUCUCCCCCUCCCCCGCCAACCCCGCCCCACAUGCGGAGCCUGGUUCCAGGCCACGUAAGUAUCCAAUGUCGUGUUGUUCAUUAUCGAAAGAUAGGAGAAGCUCAUAUUUACUUAUUAUUUAUAAAAUAACUAAGAUAGUACGCGCGCUCUGAUUGGCUGAGAGGAGUGUUUGCAUGAAAGUAUGUAAACAUGGUUGUGGCGUCAAGAUGUUUUGCUUUUCGCGCGCUAAUCACGCAAGCACGAAUUUGAAAAAGUUUUCAAGUUCAAAACUCGACAAGUUUACUUUAUUUACCCAUUCCUUCGUCUACUGAAACUUGGAAAAUCGUUACAAAGAAAGUGUGUCAAUUUUUUUCGCUUAAGCUGACAUUUUAAGCGAGAAAAGUCCGUAUUUUGGAAAGCAUCUUUUUGCAAAACAAGAACCGAUUACGCGUGCAAGACUUCGUGGACAAGACUUUGCGGCUAGUAAGAAUUUCUCUUUUAAUCAGUGCCAUACAAAGAGUUUUGCGUUUUUUCUCGAGAAAUUUAUUUUAUAAAAGCAACAGAAAACUUUUCUCCUGUGUUUGCAUAGCCUGAUAUAAACACUCGAGGCGUUCGGAGAAUUCUCGACAGUUAUGCAAACCCUCGACUUCGUCUCGGGUUUGCAUAACUGUCUCAAAUUCUCCCAACCCCUCUGGUGUUUAUAUCAGGCUAUGCAGACACGGAAAACGUUUUCUAUUGCUUAAAUAACCACCAAUGAACUCCUCGGUGAGCUUUCGAGCGAAAACAUGAUAUCUUCACACGUGAAAAUAACAUGACUUGUUAUAUGAAAAGAUCACCGUUGCUAUAGCCACAUGAUAAAUUGCGCCUUUUGCAGUUGAAAAAAAAAUAUAUAUAUAUAUAUUAUACUGAAAUGGUUUGGUAUUUCAUUGGUGUUUAUGAAAUAAAUAGAACAUUACAUGGCCGCUUCAAGAUACUAAAUUUAUCUUCUCGAGUGGUGUUUAAAAAUAUUUCACUCGUUCACUGCGCUGACUCGUGAAAUAUUUUUUCAAUUCUCGAAGGAAAAUUUCGUAUCUCCAAGCAGCCAUGUAAUUUUCAUUUUUAUAAAUAACAUUGAUUUAUCUGCAGGAAUAGGGGACAUUCAUCGAUCUUAUUAUCUGAUCAAGGUCCUGCGUUUGCGAUGGGUUGUUGUAUAUUUACUUCAUUUUCCUUUUCUAGGAAAUUUUUUCCAAAUUUCAUUUCCCGUUUUUUACUUUAACCUGAGUUGAAAACGAGACUAGGCGAGUGCCUUGUCUUGCCUUAUAUUAGCUUUGGCCCUGUUUAAGGAGCUAACACGUUGCUCUCUUCUCUGCUCCAAGAGGUUUUCUCCGGGUGCACUGGCUUUUCCCUCUCCUCAAAAACCACAUUCCCUAAUUCACAUGUGAUCUGUUAUUGUCUCCAAAUGGACGGGGACACUUAGAGGGCCACAGGUUAACCAGUUUUUAGAACUGCAAAUUUAAGUGUCACCCCCUCUAAAUAUUGUUUGUUUGUUUUGCGCUGUUUAGCCCCGGAUAUUCACUUCAAGUAAGGUACCGACACUUACGGUGGCUCACGAUUUCCAGAAGUUUCUUUGAUAUACUAUGAAGGCUAUCUAGCACUCUUUUUCUAGUACUUGUUAUAAUUAUCAUAGUAACAAAUAGAGAUGAAUGUGUCAAAUCCCCCCAUAAGCGGAAACCCUUGAGAUGUCGGAUGAUGACGUUGAUGACGUUGAUGAUGAUGAUGAUGAUGAUGAUACGUACAUAAACUGUGAGUGAAAACAGGAAACUAUUUUAUUCAAAAAUCAAUUUCAAAUCAAUUUUAUUUAAGCUCGAUAGCGUGAGGAGUGGUUGCCCAAUCUCCCGAGCCAGGGGCGCAUGUAUUAAACGCUCGAGCAUUCCGGAUCGAAUUGGAAUUUAGAAAUGUUGGUUUUUGCGGAGAAGGGAAAACCGGAGUACCCGGAAAAAAACCUCUCGGAGCAGAGAAGAGAACCAACAACAAACUCAACCCACAUAUGACGUCGAGUCCGGGAAUCGAUCCCAGGCCACAUUGGUGGAAGGCGAGUGCUCUCACCAGUUUACUUAUCGUGUAUUUUGCAAAUAAAUUUUUCAUAUGCCUCUUUUAGGAGGAGGAAACAGAAAGCAAUGAAAAUACGGAUACCAUCCCCGAUCGCGAGCAGUCGAAAGACAACAAAAAAGUGGUAAGUUGUAUCGCAGGAGCAACAAUUAUUCAUAUUGUCUGCUUUGACCCGUCUGACCGUUAUAUACAUAUACUCGAACUGACUUUUUUGUUUUGUAUUCUAAUAAGUUUCCCACUGUUUCACCCCAAUGUUGCUAGCAAGUAUGGAAUAGUCUUUGGUGAUGCUGCAACAAAAGAAGGCAGUCAUAUUGACAACCGGGUCUCUCUCCUUCCACGCAAUACUUGAAAACGAGGAGACCCUGGGAACGAGGUUGUCACAUUUAGCAGCAGAAAAAAAAUUUAACUCCAUGGGACCGACUCUUGUCUAGCAUGCCAUUUCUUCGCUACCUUGUACGACCCCGACUUCAGGCAUUGUUAAAUCGUUUUGCAUUUCAGUUCCUGAGAAUAUGUCCACACAAAACACGCACAAACGUGUGAGUUAAUAGCUUCCGUCUGCGAAGGAUAAAAUGGUAAUAUUGUAAGCGAAUAUUGUCGAUGAUGAAGGUGGUCACAGCCGUAACGCCAUUGAAAUCCAUUCCCACGCCGUGGUACCCGGGGAGAGGUCGCGGAAAACCUCUUGGCUUUUGACCGUUUUAUUAUAUUUUGCCUGUAACGAGCUCUACAAGACGAUAUAUGUAUUGUGGGAUGUGGCCCUGCUUUAGACCUGUGUGUCGUGUGCCCUGGCCAUCAAUUUCACCUUUAAUGAAAUUCAAAUUUUUGCAGCAUGUCGUCAUGGUAACAGUAGGCCAUUUAUGUCUUAUGAAAUGACUCAACAAAUUUCGCUAAACAGUGUCUGAAAAUACAAAUGACCAGAUACUGAGGAGUUUUGGUUCUCGCGCAAAAUUGUUCAGUUUCUACUGAUCCAUCAUAAGCAUUUUGAGGUUGCCUUCGCUCCCUGUAAAUCAGAAGUUAGAAUGUUUUUAAACAGACCCAUUUGCGGUCAUCCAGAGCCCCCGAGAGAGCUUGCGCGCAUGCUAACUUAAAUGUAAUCGUGUGAACAUAGACUGGGUAAAAAAAGUGUGGCGGCCGGUUUACGCUGGGUCCGUUUGCAACCGUUAACGUUUUACGUCACGUGUGGACAAAGCCUAAGUUAUAUUUUUCCUCGCGAUAGGAUGAAGUCUGGAAAGACUCUGAAGGGGGACAGCGUUUCCUUCGAGUUGAUAUCGAUGGUUUAAAGACGAAAUUUAAGCUGUCAGAAGAAGACUGGGACAUAAUGGAGAUCACCCAUUUCCCAGGUGGAGGUCGUUUGUUAGGUGGUGCCUGGACUACGAUUUUUAAACGUGGUUUGCACGAAAGCAAUCCCUGGUGCAACUUGCGCUUAAAGAAUAAUCACGUUCGAAAGGAAAACUCUCGAAAGAUGAUCUCAGCGCCGUUCUUCAGAGGAUCUGGGAACUGCAAGCGUCGCGAAUGCGACAUGAAAUUUAAGAUGGUCAUCGAGGAAGAGAGGGGAAAAUACGUGGAAGUGACGUAUACAGGAAAUGUCUGCCACAACUACAAAUCGUACCCAGCGAAAGGGUGAUUGAAAAAUAGCUGCCAAAGACCUGAAAACGGUCUCGGCAUCAUGCUCACUCGGUUAGUAGAGGCCGCUCGGGAUAUGUUAGCUUUGUGAACUUGAAUCCUAGUGCAAGGAGAAGACCUUUGACUUCAGUCUUUAGUAUCUUGAGAAUCUAGACAAGUUCACGUUAUUAAAGAAUCGGAGAGAAAGUAGAGCGAUAAUGAAGUUUGAAUGUACCUGAUAUAUACUUUCAUAGUCAAAGCCGUUAAAAAAGAAAUUUUUUGAACUAGAAGACCGAGUACAGACUCAGUACAAAGGACCGGGAGGUUAGCAAUUCUAAUUUUUCUACUUGUAGCCUAUUUUUCUCUUGAUCUUAGUGUCCCAAUCAAUGUUUGCUCAGUUUCCAUGCCAAUGACAAAAGCAAUGACAACGACACUAACUGGCAGAGAAGAGGAGGAUCAAAGCUCACAUUAUAUAAAACUAAAAUUAGCCA